GAGUCAUUAAGAUCCAGGACCUUGGAGUAAAUUUGGUUGUGUUAUUGGUGGUGGAAUACAAGGUAGUUAAAUUUUUAACAUUGCUGGUCCUGGGAAAUGGGUUCAGGCACCAUAUGAUUUUUAUGAUCACUAUUCUACAGAGGGAGCUUUUAUCUAGGGCUCUGCUCUACCUGCUUCCUUGUUAUGGCUUAGUGGUCAGUUACUGUGAAAGAGACAAGGUGAGGAGGGGUGAUGCUGUGCCUGAGAAUAUCGGGAUAAGAGAGGUGGUCUGGAGUAAUGGGUCUUUUGGGAAUUGGACUACUCGAAGAAGGAACUGAUUUGGAGUUAAAAGGAUCUACAUUCUGCAUCUGGGUCUGAUUGGAAGAUGACGACUUGUAUAAGGGUAAAAAUAAGUCCUGUGGACAGCUCAGAUGCCGGCCAGUGAGAAGUUUGCAAGGGUGUGUUGCCAGUACUAGCCGUAGUACCUAGAGAGUCUUCUGCCAUGCCUCAACUUCGACUCUGGGUGGCGCCACUGGUUUAGGGACGGGACAGACUUCAAGAACCGGCGCUCUAGCUGGCUUCUCUCCAUGAUCAAACAUGGUGGCUUGCUGAAGGCGGCAAGCCCGUGCUACCUCCGCAGCAGUCCAGCGCCUGUCAGUCAUGGCCCGCCUGCCGCAGCUCGCAGUCUUCGACUUGGAUUACACACUCUGGCCUUUCUGGGUUGACACUCAUGUGGAGCCCCCAUUUCAUAGGAACAGGGACGGGAGUGUUCGGGACUGCAAUAACCAGAUCAUUACACUUUACCCAGAAGUACCUGAUGUGCUGGAACGUCUGCAUGGCCAGGGGGUGACCAUCGCGGCUGCGUCCCGGACUGGUGAGAUUCAUGGAGCCAAUCAGCUCUUGCAGCUUUUUGACCUCGAUAAAUAUUUUGCAUACAAGGAAAUCUAUCCAGGCUGCAAGAUCACACACUUUGAGAGAUUGCAGCAGAAGAGUGGUAUCCCCUAUUCCAAAAUGAUCUUCUUUGAUGAUGAGAAGCGGAACAUUAUAGAUGUCAGCAAACUGGGUGUCACCUGUAUUCACGUCCAGAGUGAAAUGAAUUUGCACACUCUGACUAAGGGCCUGGAACAAUUUGCAGAGUCUUGAAAUGAACUCCCAGGUUCAGUCCUGCAGAUGGAAGCCCUGGCCAUGGACACCAGCAGGAAGAGAACAAGAUUGAGGAAUGCAUUUUCAGGUCAUCUGUGAAUUGUAAAAAACAUUUGUGCGUGAGCCUACAAAACCUUCCCUCGCCAUAAGUCCUCUUUGUCCUUAUGUAUGUGGGUCAGCACCGAUACCAGGCCCUUUGUCAGACUCUGCUCCCCAGUGCUGUUUCUUGGUGUUAUCACAACAAUAUAGCUCAGCAAAUAAAACCUUCCUGUGACAUA